AAGUUAUACUAAAACCACAACCAUACAAAGAAAUGUUAUUCGAAGCAUUUUUCAGCGUCGCGGAACCGCAAAAAAAAAAGUCUUAUAGCUUCCGUUUUACAGUUAUCGUGAUCAACAGAUACAAAAUUCAAAAGCAAACAUUCCUAGCAAUUACUUAAGAGCAAAAACCGCUAGCAUGUGCUCAAACCCCUCCUACGUUAAGGAAAUAAUCGAGUACCACACGCAUAGAAUUGAGUUCUUUACCUUCCUUCACUUAAAUAUUUUCUUUCUGUUUCUAAUGACUGUGAUAAUGUGAUGAAAUUCACACCACUUGAAAAUUAACAGGUUUGGUGAAUUUUCUAGAAUGAAUUCCGCCUGGUCAUUUAUAUCAUAGUAUUACAAGAGUUAACGAUUUUUAUUCAGUUUUAAACGGAGUGAAAAACGCUCGGGUGCUUUGAAAACAUGUGUUUUCCAAGCUAGAUUGCAAUCAAGCUUUCAAUCACUGGUGAAUUUUUUUUAUAGCUUCCUAAAAGUAAUACGAAAGUGUAAAGAGGUGAAAACGAGAGAAAUAUGCGACUAGAAGAAACAAGCAGGAAAUUAGUGGACAAUGAUCCAUAAAGCCAUCCUUGUAAAAUUACGUGUACUCGUAUAAAACCACUUAGAAAACGUCAGAGAAAAUGCAAAAAAUGUCCUUAUCAGCUGAAUUAAGAACAAAUAUUUUUAAUUCUUCAGGAAAAGACAAUCUAAACACGUCCUUGGCAAGGGGUCACGAACGACUUCCUAAAAAUUCCACAGCAACAGUUUCCUUUUUAACGCUAAAAUAAUGAUAAGAAGAAGUUGACAAGUAGAAAUUAAAUACAAAUAUUUCGAGACGUAUUUAGAGAAAACAAACGACGCUGUCAGAAACUGCCUAAUUUGUUAUGUUCGAGCGGCCCUUGGAUGCGACAUAAAUAUAAACACAUCGAUAUUAUAGCAGAAAUAUUCCGCUCAAAGUAGAAAUAGUUUAAAAUAAGCAGUGUAUAUUGGAUAACUCAAUUUAUGUCCGUUGCCCUUACCAUUUAAGACUGGAACUUCACCCGGAAAAGCCGACACAAUGGGAAUAAGCCUACUCGUACUCAAUACAAAAUAAGACCCGUGUGGUCUUGUCAGGCGUGACUUUGUCCUGUUCAUUGAAAUGUAUUUUUAAUGCGUGGUGACAUCACGGGUUCUCGAAAAGGGUUGCAUUUUUUCAUCCUUUGUGGACGCCCUACACCAGUAUCCGAUUUCAGAGCGAUAGCGUAAAACGACCUUCACCGGCGAGACAACAGCAAAAAUCCCUGUCCAUUGCGCAUAAACACCUUUUGGCUUUCGACGCUGCAAGGAAGUGAAAAACGACAUUGGGUUCCACACGCAGCGAGUGGGUUUUGGAAGCGUGAUUCUGGCGAAAUACACGAUGGCUUUUUUUCUCGUAUCGUUCUUCCUGUGUAGUGCUUUCAUCUCAGUGUGUCGUUGCUGCUCGUGUUUGCCGAGUCAUCCGCAAAAUGAAUAUUGCAACUCUGCUUUCGUCAUACGAGCCAAAGUCCUUUCUGAGACAACCGAAGAGCCCCGGCAGACCGAAUCACCAGAGACAGCUCUGUGGGAACACAUCCCCGAGGAAUUCAUACAAGAGCAAGUCUACACCUUGAGAGUACUCAAGAUAUACAAGGGGGGCCUGGAAAUUAAUAAUACGGAGGGAGUGAACGUCUACGGAUCGAGACAACGGACCCUGCAAGCAAAGUUGUACACCCCGGCGCGCGCCUCAUCCUGUCACGUGCCCCUGCGUAACGGCACGGUGUAUCUGCUGACAGGGCAGAUCCUUAACGGAAGGAUGCGGACUGGCGGCUGCAAAUGGCGGACGGAGUGGUCUUCUAUCACGCGCAAACAGCGCGCCGGAAUCAGACGUUUUUACGGCGAGAAUUGCAUGUGCCAGGUCGGUAUGUGUUUCGGAAGUAACUGCAAUAAGAUGCUUAAGGGCUGCGAGAAGGUGGAAUGGCGGGCCCCAAUGAAAGAAAGUUGUAAGAGGAGAGAAUCUUACUGUAUGAGGGACUGGAGCGACAACACGUGCGCGUGGAGGAUAUCAGAUGACUACAAAAAGUGCCUCAAGAAAAUCCCGUGAUACCUUGCGGUCGGAGUAAUUUUAAAACGACCCAAAGAAAUCUUCUAUCGAGCGGACAGCGAAACGCAAAUCGGUUUGUACGAGCUAACAGUAAAUGCGUAAGAUAUUUUGCAAAAGAGACAUAGUUUACCGUUAACAUUAUUUGUCGCGAAGUACUUUCACGUCCAUUGUUGCCCUUCGAUUUACGGCGCGCCACUCUGAACUUGUUUGUGGCGACGAGCUGCAAGCUAUAUGGUUGUUUAGAUGAAUUUCUUUAUAUAUAAAACAUUUUACGGUGCAAAACUGAAUUUCGAAUGCAGCACAACGAGUAUUAUCGCUAUUUGAAGUCAUUUUGCAACUGAAAAGUAUAUGCAGAGUUGAACUUAGGAAUAACACUUACUUUUUCAGCGUUUUGGUAGGCAUUUCACAGCCGAUAAUCGUUAAUUAUGCGCUCGUUUUCAGACUAAAAUGAAUUAAUAUAAGUUACUUCAGCGUGCCAAAAAAAAAAUGCUGUAAUAAUGCCAUUUACUUAUAAAAAGGCAUCCUUAACGCCAAACUUAAGACUAAACUUUAGAGCCCUGGCCAAACGGACUCGCAAGUAGUCGCAAGCAGCCGCAAGUUGAAAUUGCGUAGAGAGUUGCGUUGGGUGGCUAAACGGACUCGCAAGUUUCCUCGCAAGUACCCGCAAGUCGCUAUAAAAACCCAUUUCAAGUCCGAAAUAUCCUGUAUUUCAUUGGCUAAUAAUAGGUUACCGGGACGUCUCUCAAUUUGCGUUGACUUGGGUUGAGUGGCAAAACGGUGAAAAACUGGCGUCGACCUGCGUGCAAAUUUGAUCUCGACCAAAGCGAGCGUAGGUCAUCGCAAUUCAACGCAAGUGCACGCAAAACCUGGCCAAACGGAGUCGCAAGUAGACCCAAGUUUUCAACUUGCGUCUACUUGCGAGUACGUUUGCCCAGGGCUUACGCGUUCUUCUGUCGAGAGAAAAGGCUAAUUUAAGUUAAGUUAACUUUCAUUUCGCGAAUUACAACUAUAGAGCAAAAUGUUCAAAUGUUUCGAUUUUUUCUUGAAGUGGCACCGACAUAUAUGUUUCAAAACGACUUAAAAUCUUGCCAGUCUCCUUUCCUCUAUCAUUUUGACGACUAGCACAUGAGUUGUGCUUCGAAGGAAAGCAAUCGAGCUUUUUACAUUAUUUUUGCCGACAGUAGCUUUGCGAGUGAUUUGUUUCAGUUUUCAGUAGGAUUUGCGCAGAUAUAGUUCAAAUGAAUUUUGCUAGUUAGUUUCGCAGGCAAAAACUGCUUCUACACAAAAUAAAUACUUUCGAAGUGGAAGGUUUUACGAAGGGCCAACUUUGGACAGUGAAUAUUAAGACUAUUGCGAACACAGUUAGAAUUGACAUCUUAACGUGUUGUUCAUAAUUAUCAAAAAUAUAUGUGUUCAUUUAAGAACACCAAAUGUACGUCUUUAAGACGAAUUAGUUUGAGAACAUGAAACUACAGUUUCUUGUUCGACUUGUUCCUGGCAGGCGCAUGUUUAUUUUAUAUCGUUGUUGUAUAAGAUAUGUAUUAUGCACUUUGAAUAAAAAGUAUGCAUGUUCAGAGAAAAGA